AUGCCUCCACACGAAGGACUAGUUCACCCCAAGGAGUACGACAUCAAAGACAGCAAUGUCGAGCUAAUCGGCUCAGACCUCGACCACCGCGUCAAGUACAACUCCGCAACCACAGAGCCAGCCUGGAACAACGGCAAGAUCGGCCAAGAAGCCGGGCUCUACAUCUGGCGCAUUGAGAACUUCGAAGUCAUCCCCUGGCCCAAAGAAAAGUACGGCCAAUUCUACGAUGGAGACAGUUUCAUCGUGCUGCACUCGUACAAAGUCGGCGACGACAAGCUAGGCCAUGACGUCUUCUUCUGGCUGGGCAGCAAGACAACCCAGGACGAAGCCGGGACUGCAGCUUACAAGACCGUGGAGCUGGAUGAGUUCCUGCACGGCGCGGCAACCCAGCAUCGCGAGGUGCAGCAGUCGCCCUCGGAUGAAUUCUUGGCUCUUUUCCGUAACAUUUCUAUUCGGUCCGGCGGGGUCCGCUCUGGAUUUACCCACGUCGAGGCUGAGGAGAAACCGGAUAUUCUGACUCUGUUGCGGAUCUUCAAGCAUCCUGGUGCUGCGCGGAUCGAUUCGCUCAUUGUGCAUGAAGUCGAGCCGACUUGGCAGAGCCUGGAUGAAAAUGAUGUCUUUGUUUUGGACAAGGGCGAGAAAAUCUGGGUUUGGCAGGGGAAGAAGUGUAGUCCGAUGGAGAAGGCCAAGGCUGCGCAGGUGGUCAAUGAUAUGACUCUUGCGAAGCAUGUUGAUGUUGAGGUUCUCUCGCAGCUCGAGUCGAGGUCGAGAAUCGUUGUUGACCUACUCGGCGGAAAGGAAGACGCUCCGUCGACAUUGGAGGCGCCGAGGCCCGGUCGCUUUGGGAAGAAGUCCAGCGAGGGUAGUAUUGGUGCUCAGUCGCGCAAGCUGUUUAGACUCAGUGAUGCCUCGGGUGACUUGUCUUUCGAUCUUGUCAAGGAUGGACAGCGUGUCAACCGGUCCGACUUUGAUGCCAACGAUGUCUUCCUCUAUGAUACUGGCAGCAGACUCUGGGUUUGGCAGGGAUCUGAGGCUAGUGCGAGCGAGAAGGCUAUGUGGCUCAAGGUUGCACAAUUCUACGUUCGCAAGAUCCAAGAGACUGUGCAAGAGGCACAUCUUACACCUAUCUCCAAGGUAUCACAGGGUUACGAAAGCCCUGCCUUCUUGAAGGCCCUCGAGGUCUAA